AACCGUCAUCCGUCGACACUUCCGGUGGAAGCGUGGCGUCUUUUCUUCUACAUCUGAAAUUUUACAACCUCGAUUUAACGUUCAAGAAACCACACAUCUUUCUUGCAAGUAAGAAGACUGGUUCCCUGAUUGUUCUGCUCGCAUAAGGAAAAGUGUGGUUUGAUUUCUGAGUGGGGCUGAACCAUCGACACAAAGACAGCUCUUUCCUUCAUUUCUUCCAGCUUGCAGUGGGCAGUGGCUGCACUGUACCAUCACUGUCCCAUCGCCGAUGUGAGGAUGUCUGACUAGACCACAGUGUUGGCUGGACAUGUUUGAGGAACUUUCACUUAACAUAAGUCAUGUACCACGAGGAAAGGAAGACUAAGGAGACUGAGAAAAGCUCUUUGAAGACGACUGAAGAUGGACGCAGGCAGUCAGGAGCGAUUACAAGACCCACCAAACUCUGACAUCCCAGGAGAAUCAGAACCAAGUUGUCUGGGUAAACAUGAGACUACCUCAUCAAAUACACAAACUGAUGACUCACAUAAGAACCCACUGUUUUCUAGUGAACAUGACAAAAGACAGCAAUGUGCAGGUGACGAGCAAACACAUACUGAACAAAACGUAGCAAGCAAAUGUGACAUGGAACAACAGAAAAUGGGAACAGAGAAAAGUGACACUUCUCCUCAGGGAGUGUCUGAUUUGGAAUUUGACCAGUCACAAGUCACAGACUCAGGAAAUACUGUAAAUGGCAAUCACUUCCAAAACCCAGAAAGUUGUUCUCUAAGCUCUGAAAUCCAAAGAGAAACAGAAUCACGUUUUCUGCGUGUUUGUGUGCCUUUCCUCACUGAUGCUGACAUCACACGCAUUAAAAAAGAGCUUUCCAGAAAUGAAGAGAAAACACAGACUUCAGGAAAUGGACUAAAGGAAUGUGACAUGGAACAUGAGGAAAUGGAAACAAAGAACAUGUGGAAAUUGCGUGCUAACCGUGUGGAACAAAUAAUCUCUGCACUAAAUAAACAGUUACGUAAAUUCAACUGGUCCAGGAAACUUGGCCUCGAGUUCAAUGUUGGAUUUGGCCCGAAGCAAAACAUGAGUGUUGACUCUUUGAAAAGUGCUGUUCUGCUUGAAAUUGCUAAAUUCGCUUUGGCAAUUAAUUCAUCCCAGCAGGAUUUCAUCAUGGAGAUUCUUGACUACAACUUCGACCUAGGCCUACCGAGUGAACAUCAUAGAAGUACUUUUGCAUGUGAAGUUAUGGAUAGAGCGAAGCAGCUGUCAAGUUGCGAAGAUGCAGUCAAACUCUCAAAUGACAUUUUUGAACUUCCUGUUCCAGUGUCAUCAAUAUAUGUGGUAAAUCAGAAUGUGAGCAGUGUCAUUCCUGAACUGGGCAGCAUAUCGUCAAUGGAGAAGUGUGAUGUUUCACCUGUGUGUCUUCCUGAUUCAUGUGCUAAAUCUGAAGAGCACAUUUCACAGCGGACUGUUGAUCUGUAUCCCUGGUGCAAGGAAAUAGGUCUAAAGCUACAUGUAAACAGUUGUCAACCACACAAAAAAUUGAAGAGCAACACAUUUACCAAUGGAGCUAUGACUGAAGUGAUGAACUUUGCCGAGAAGUUGUGUGGAACAUUUGAGCAGAUAUGUCUUGACAUCCUCAGACACAACUUCGAUCUUGACUCACAGAAUGGAGAUUCUGACCUUGCCAGGAAUAUCCUUGCACAAAUUCCUGUUGUAAUAGAGCAAACUAAUCUAUCAUCUUACUCAAAAGCCUACAAGAAAAAACUGGCCAAAUAUGUUUCACUACUAGAGAUGCUGGAUUGCCAGAGCGACCCAACCUUUGAAGAAUGUGGUUCUGGUUCUUCAAGUGCCACAAUGAUGGACCAAAGUGAAGGCAGAGUUGUUGACACUGAAUACCAACAUGAGCUGGAUGCAGUCAGUGAUGAUUCUUCAGGUGCCACAACCAUGGACCAGAAAAUGGAUACUUCUGGUGACAGUGACCAGGAAACUGAGCUCAAUUUAAUGUUGUGGAAAUUGCGGGCCAAUCAAAUUCAGCAAGUCCUCUCAAUACCUCAUGAAGAACACUGCCCACUUUAUUCUUACAGGAGAUGUAAGAAUUUGGGCAUUGACUUCAAUGUAGGAUCUGGAGUAAAACGGAAUCUUGACCCCAAGUUAUUGACCAAUGGCAUCAUGGUUGAAUUGAGCACUUUUGCCAUUGCACUGGUGUCAGCCAAAAGGUAUUUCAUCACAGACAUACUGGAGUAUAAUUUUAAUCUUAAUUUGAAAAAUGAGCUGUGUCGCACUGCCUUCACACAGAAAACUAUGGAAAAAGUCACACAAAUGUGCCAAGCUAAUAAAAAAAAGGGUGGUCCUCGAUUGAAUAUGCCUUUUGAACUCCCUGACACAAGGAGCGUACAGGAACCUAUAUAUAACAAAACCAGGUUUUGCCCCAAAUGCUACCAAGCUCGAAAUCAGAAGCUUCAUCAGCAUGAAUCUGACACUGGUCCCCUGCUUAUUCCUGGUCCACAUCCCAUGACUCACACAGUCUCUACUGAUGGGAACUGCACCGCACAAAACCCUUCAAAAGCUCCAUCAACGACAGAGGAGACAAUGAUGGACAGUUACCCUCGCUGCAAGAAAAUAGGAUUGGACCUGUGUGUGAACAAACACCAACCAAGGGAUAAACUUUGCAACAAUGUGUUGACCCGUGGGAUCAUGAUGGAAGUGCUUAGUUUUACCAGAAAAUUGAGUGGAACCAAAAAUAAGGUAAUUAAUGAUCUCCUUGAGCACAACUUCAACAUUAGGAAGCAGAGCAAACAACAUAAUCUUGCAGAGCAGUUCUACACAUCGACUUUACAAAAAGAUGGUGGGCUUGCCUGGUUCGACAAAGUUUUUGUCACCCAUCCAGUUAUCCCCAAAGCAACCAGAUAUGAAGGUAAAGUGAAACGUGACUCUCUCAUGCAGGGAAGUGAAUGGAAGGAAACUAUCAAGAAAAGAAAGUUGGCACUGCAAACAAAAGAGGAAAGAAACACACUACCAAGUCAUAAUGCAAGGGUUGUAGAAUCAAAGAAAGUUCGUCAAAACCUGGCAUACUGUUAUCCUGUUUGUACAGAGAUAGGUUUGGAUCUUGACGUGACAUCAAAGUCAGGGGAGAAAGAAAAACUUGACUUGAAUCUGUUGACCACGGCCGUAGUUGUGGAGAUAAAUAAAUUUGCAUCUAAUAAAAUAAAACACUAUUUCCCAGGCACUGUGUUUGACAUUCUUGACUAUAACUUUGACCUUAGCUCACAACAUCACAGGCGCUGGGAAUUUACCAUAGCUAUCGCAUCUCAAGUCCAAGCCUUAGUCAGGCGAUACCGUAAUAAAUCAGUCAAAGCUGACAAGGUCUUCAAAUUACCAUUUGUGUUUCCUCCUAAGAGCAGAAGACAGAAAGAGAAGAGUAAACAGUGUUCACAGGAAGAACCCAAUGAGACAAGAAAUGAGGGUAGUGGUGUGCACCAAGUUGAAUACCAUUCAAGUGUCGGUUCCGUUAACUUUCUCAGGGGUGUCGUAACAUAUAAUGAACCAUGGUCCCAUGAUGAGAACACAAAGGCUUCAAUGGAUCCUUGGAGGCUGAAUAUGCAGGAAAAUUCUGGUCAGGUGAGUGUAGGUUGUGGAAGUCCUCUUCAGAGAAACAUUCACAUUAAAGACGAGGAGAACGAUCCAUAUUAUGGUGAUGUGAAACCAGAACCAUACACUGAGGAAGAAUUUUCUCGACAUUAUGAUGUCAAAACAGAGUCCGUUGCUGGGGAGGUCAGAUAUUUGGUCCCAGUUGAACCUCAAGGAACCCUUGAAAACACUGGCAAUCAGGAGCACUUUAAAGAAUCAACAAGCUCUGAAAUUCUGAGAAAAUCAGAAUCAAGUUGUCAUGUCAUUUGUGUACCUUUCACCACCACUACUGACAUCUCAGCCACUCUACCAACUGUUCAUCAAGCUGAUGAAUGUGGACUUUAUGGAGGUGAAGAUCAAACACAGAUUCCAUGGAAUGACGAAACUGAAAGUGACAUGGAACAAGAGAAAAUGGGAAGAUGGGAUGACCACAUUUGUCCUCUAGAAGAGUUUGGUCUAAACUCAGAAGUCAUAGAUUCAGCAAACACUGGCAAUGGCAAUCACUUACAAAGCCCAACAUGCUCUGACCCCCCUAGAAUAUCAGAACCAAGUUUGCUGAUAAGUUAUCCAUCUUCUCUCACUUCCACUGAGCUUUCAUCCAGCUCACCAGCUGCAAACUUUGAAAUGAACCCACAACUGACAAGUCACCCUGAAGAUAGAAAAGGUCUUUGUGGAGGUGAAGAACAGACACAAACUACAAAAAAUGCACAAAAUAUCUGUGACAUGGCACAAGAGGAAAUCGAAACAGAGAACAUGUGGAAGCUGCGUGCCAACCGCAUAGAACAAAUCCUCUCUGCUAGCAACAAAGAGUUCAAGACAUUCUUCAGAUCCAAGAGAGCCGGACUUGAAUUCAAUGUUGGAUUUGGCCCAAAGCAAAACAUCAGUGGUGACUCCCUGACUAAUGCUAUUUUGCUUGAAAUUGCCAAAUUUGCCUUGGCAAUUAAUGCAUCCCAGCAGGAUUUCAUCAUGGAGAUUCUUGAGUACAACUUUGACCUUGGCUUGCAGAGUAAGCACCAUAGGAAUAUUUUUGCAUGUGAAAUUAUGGACAGAGUAAGACAGCUGAAAACUAAUAAAGAUGCAAUCAAAGUCUCAAAUGAGGUUUUUGAACUGCCUGGCCUGGUAUCAAUACACAUGGGCAGUGUCAUUCCUGAACUUGGCAGUAUAGAGAAGUGUGAUGCUGCAGUGUGUCUUCCUGAUUCAGAUGCUGAAACCAGCAAGCAUAUAUCAUGCCAGAGUGUGGGUCUUUAUCCCUGGUGCAAGGAAAUAGGUCUGAAGCUACAUGUAAACAGUCGUCAACCACACAAGAAGUUGGAGUUCAACAGACUGACCAAUGGAGCAAUAACUGAAGUGACAGACUUUGCAGAAAAGUUGUGUGGAACAUUUGAGCAGAUUUGUCUUGACAUCCUCAGACACAACUUUGAUCUUGAUUUGCAAAAUGAAGAUUCUGAUCUUGCCAGGAAUAUUCUCACACAAAUUCCUGCUUUAAUAGAGCAAAGUCAACUGUUAUCCUGCAAAAAAGGCUACACGACAAAAAAAGAUGGUUCACUACUGGAGACACUGGAUUACCAGAACCAACCAGAUUUAGAUGUUUGUGGUUCUAGUUCUUCAAGUGCCCCAAUCAUAGACCAAAAUGAAGGCAGUUCUCUUGACAAUGAACAACAAAAUGAGCUUGACUUAAAACUAUGGAAAUUGCGGGCCAAUCAUAUUAAGCAGAUCCUCUCAACACCUCAUGAAGAACAUUGCCCAUUUUAUUCUUACUCCAGAUGUAAGAAGUUGGGCAUUGACUUUAAUGUAGGAUCUGGAGAAAAACAAAAUCUUGAUUCCAAAUUAUUGACCAAUGGCAUCAUAGUUGAAUUAAACAACUUUGCCACAGAACUGCAAUCAGCAAGAAAGCAUUUUGUCACAGAGAUACUGGACUAUAAUUUCAAUCUCAAUUUGAAAAAUGAGGCAUGUCGCACUGACUUUGCAGGGCAAACUAUGAUCAAAAUAAAGGCAAAGAAAUUGCAUAAAAGAUCCUUCAAGAGAUCUCAUAGUCAAUUCCCCUUUGAGCUCCCUGACAUGACAUGCAUACAAGAACCUCCAAAAUAUUGCCCCAGAUGUUAUCAAUACAGACAGAACACCAUGACUAACACAGUCUCUGCUCAUUCAAACUGCACUGCUCAAAAUCUGGCAAAGGAUUCGUCUUUUACCUUCUCAACAGUCGAAGAGAAAAUAAUGGACAACUACCCUUGCUGCAAGAAAAUAGGUUUGAACCUGUUUGUAGACAGAGACCAACCAAAGGAUAAGCUUGACACUAAUGUGUUGACAUUCAAGGUCAUGUUCGAAGUGGCUAAUUUUGCCCAAAAAUUGUGUGGAACAAAAUAUAAGAUGAUUUAUGCACUCAUCAGACACAACUUCGAUAUUGGCAAGCAUUGUCAAGACCUCGAUCCUACAAUGGUUCUUACCAGGUGGAAGGCCGAAAAAGUUGUUGAUCUUGCAUGGCUUAAUGAAGUGUUUGUUUUUAAUCCAUAUCCUAUCAGACAACCUGGACAUGUAAGUAAACUGAAACGGGAAUCUGAUAUCCACCCAAGUGAAUGGAAGGAAGCUAUAAAAAAAAGAAAGUUGGCACUGCAAACAAAGGAAGGUUAUAGAUUUCCAAGUACCGAUGGAAGUAGUGGAAAAUCAAAGACAAACCUGCGUUGUACAGAAGGCUCUUACCCCAUUUGUACUGUAAUAGGUUUGGAUCUAGAUGUGACAUCUAAAUCAAGACAGAAAGAAAAACUGGACUUGAAGCUAUUGACCAGAGCUGUAAUGAUGGAGAUACAUACAUUUGCAACUCAUCAAGCAGGACUUCAUUACCCGCGAACUGUCUUUGACAUCCUUGACUAUAACUUUGAUCUAAGCUCACAGUAUUACAGGCGCUGGGAAUUUUCCAUGGCUACAGCAUCAGAAGUCCAAUCCAUGGUCAAGCAGUAUUGCAAAACUGAGCAACAAGAGGUCUUCACAUUACCAUUUGUGUUUGAUUCAAAUGCUUCACAAAAGUUUGGAGAAAAUACACAAAAUAAGAAAGACAUCUCAUCUGAUGACCUGUUCAGCUUACCAACUGUAAACUCAAAUGACAACUCCAAACUUGGGAGUCAGCCUGGUCACAGCAGGUGGAUUUCUGAAGAUGAAGCACACAUACAGGCUUCAACAAAUGUACCUCAUGAAACAGACAUGGAACAAGAGGAAAUGAAGAACUACUACACUUGUCCUUUAGAAGAGUGUGAUCUUGACUCAGACGAAGUCACAGGCUUAAAAAACACUGGCAAGUACCCACCAUAUUCAUGUCAGCUUGAUAAAAAAGUGUUUUAUGACAAUGAAGAACAGACACAUGCUCCAAGAAAUGUGUUAAACAAAUAUGAAGUGGAAGAAAAUGAAAUAGGAACUGAGAAUAAUUUGUGGAAAUUGCGCUCCAACCAAAUAGAACAAAUCCUCUCUGGACUGAACAAACAUUUCGGACCAUUCACCUUUUCCAAGAGAAUUGGCCUUGAAUUCAAUGUUGGAUUUGGCCCAAAGCAAAACAUGAAGGUUGACUCCCUUAAGAAUUCUGUCCUGCUUGAAAUUGCUAAAUUCGCCUUGGCAAUCAAUUCAUCCCAGAAGGAUUUCAUCAUGGAGAUUCUUGAGUACAACUUUGACCUUGGCCUCCAGAGUAAACACCAUAGGAAUAUUUUUGCAUGCGAACUUAUGAAAAGAGUUAGACAGUUGAGAAGUUGCGAAGAUGCAGUCAGAUUCUCAGAUGAGGUUUUCGAACUUCCUGGUCCCAUGGCAUCAGAAAAAGUGGGAAAUCACAGUGUUGGCAGUGCCAUUUCUCCCUCAUUCCCUUCUGAUUCACAUGCUGAAUCUAAAGAAGAAAUCUCACCCAAAAGUGUUGAUCUGUAUCCCUGGUGUAAGGAAAUAGGUCUGAAGCUACAUGUAAACAGUCGUCAACCUCACAAAAACUUGGAGUUCAGCAGACUGACCAAUGGAGCAAUUACUGAAGUGACAGACUUUGCAGAAAAGUUGUGUGGAACAUUUGAGCAGAUUUGUCUUGACAUCCUCACACACAACUUUGAUGUUGAUUUGAGUGGAGAUUCUGACUUGGCCAGGAAUAUUCUUGCAAGAAUUCCUGCUAUGAUUGAGCACAGGAAUCUGACGACCUUUGUAAAAUUCGGCAGGUUGAUAAAGGGCCCAAGAAAAGAUGUGUUGACAAUGGAGAAACUGGAUUGCCAAAACAACCCAGAUUUAGAUGCAUUCAGUGAUGCGUCUUCAAGUGCCGCAAUCAUGGACCAAAAACUGGACGCUUCUGGUGACAGUGACCAGGAAACUGAGCUCAAUUUAAAGCUGUGGAAAUUGCGGGUCAAUCAAAUUCAGCAAGUCCUCUCAACACCUCAUGAAGAACAUUGCCCACUUUAUUCUUAUUGGAGAUGUAAGAAGUUGGGCAUUGACUUCGAUGUAGGAUAUGGAGUAAAACAAAAUCUUGAUCCCACUUUACUGACCAAUGGCAUCAUGGUUGAGUUAAACACUUUUGCCACAGCACUGGUAUCAGCCAGAAAGCAUUUUGUGACAGAGAUACUGGAGUAUAAUUUUAAUCUUAAUUUGAAUAAUGAGCUGUCCCGCACUGCCUUUGCACAGCAAACUCAUAACAAUUGUUUAUUGAUACAUAAACAUUCCAGCACUCUCCAACAGAGAAAUAUGCCUUUUGAACUCCCUGACAUGACCUGCGUUCAAAAUGCUGCUGAGAAAAUGACAUAUUGCCCUAAAUGCUAUGAAGCACGUCAGCUUCAUAAGGAUGGAUCUAACUCAGGUCACAUGCACAAGCCUGCAAAGGAUCUGUCGACCUCUACCUUCUCAACUACAGAGGAGACAAUAAUGGACAGUUCCCCUUGCUGCAAGGAAAUAGGUCUGGACCUUUGUGUGAACAAAGACCAACCAAAAGCUAAACUUGACACAAAUGUGUUGACACGCGGUAUCAUGGCGGAAGUGGUUAAUUUUUCUGGAAACUUGUGUGGAACGAAAAAUAAGAUAAUCAAUGAUGUCCUGGACCACAACUUCAACAUUGACAAGCAGGGCCUGAACAAAAGUCUGGCAGAGAUCUUCUGCAAAGACACGUCACAGGAUGAUGAAGAGCGUACCUGGUUCAAUGACGUUUUUGAUUUUCAUUCAGUUUUUCUCAGACUACCUAGAUACAAAGAUAAAACAAAACAGAAAUGUGUCAGGCAGGGCAUUGACUGGAAGGAACCUCUCAAAAAACAACUACUGGCACCGCAAGCAAAAGAGGAAAGAGAUGCAAAUCUAAGUCAUAUUCCUCAGAGUACAGAACACUGUUACCCCAUUUGCACAGAAAUAGGCUUGGAUCUAGACGUGACAUCAAAAUCAAGAAAGAAAGAAAAACUUCCGUUAAAACUAUUGACCACAGCAGUGGUUUUGGAGAUACAUAAAUUUGCCAGUAAGAAAGUUGGACAUUACCAACGCACUGUCUUUGACAUCCUUGACUGUAACUUUGAUCUCAGCUCACAACAUUACAGGCGCUGGGAAUUUUCCAUAGCUACAGCAUCCAAAUUCCAAAUUAUUGCCGAGCGAUAUUGUGAAGAACCAGGCAGAGCAGACGAGGUCUUCACAUUACCAUUUGUGUUUGAUCCCAAGGCUUCAGAAAGGUGUGUACAGAUGAGACAAAAUAAGAAAAGUAGAAGAACUUACCCUCUUGAAACAGACUUGGAACAAAAGGAAAUUAGACCAGAGAACUCCUACACUUGUCCUCUCGAAGAGUCUGAUCUAGAUGAAGACGACGUCAGAGGUUCAGGAAAUACUGACAGUGAUGAUCAUUUACCAAAACCCCAAAGUUGUUCUCUGAGUUCUAAAAUCCCAGCAGAAUCUGGAACUGUGAACUCAAAAAUAAGCCCAACAAUUGCAGGUCAACCUGAUAUUUUAGGGCUUUGCAGAAAUGAAGAGAAAACAAUGGCAGCAGAAAAUGCACCAAAGGAAUGUGAACUGGAACAAGAGGAUGUGGAAACAGAGAUGAUGUGGAAAUUUCGUUCUAACCGAGUGGAACAAAUUCUCUCUGCACUAAACGAAGAAUUUUGUCCAUUCAGGAAGUCCAAAAAAGUGGGCCUUGAAUUCAAUGUUGGAUUUGGCCCGAAGCAAAACAUUGGUGUUGACUUUUUGAGUAAUCAUGUUCUGCUUGAAAUUGCUGAAUUUGCCUUGGCAAUUAAUUCAUCCCAAAAGGAUUUUAUUUUGGAGAUUCUUGAGAACAACUUUGACCUUGGCCUGCACAGUCAAAGCUUUGAACAUCGAAAUGAUUUUGCAUUUGAAGUGAUGGAUAGAGUAAGACAGCUGAGAAGUCACAGAGAUGCUAUCAAAUUGUCAAGUGAGGUUUUUGAACUUCCUGGGGUUGUGCUAUCAGUUAAUAUGGCAAAUCAGAGUGCGAGCUGCAUAUCGAGAAUGGAGAAUGCUGAAACUGUUUCACAGCAGAGUGUGGGUCUUUAUCCCUGGUGCAAGGAAAUAGGUCUGAGGCUACAUGCAAAUAAUCCUCAACCACACAAAAAACUGGAGAUCAACAAAUUGACCAAUGGAGCAAUGACUGAAGUGAUGAACUUUGCAGAGAAGUUGUGUGGAACAUUUGAGCAAAUUUGUCUUGACAUUCUCAGACACAACUUUGAUCUCGACUGGCAAAGUGGAGAUUCUGACCUGGCCAGGAAUAUUGUUGAACAAAUUCCUGCUACAAUAGAGCAACUGAAUUUAUCAACCUGUGUGAAAACCUACAAAAUAAAGGGCACAAGAACAUAUAUCUCAACAGUGGAGAAACUGGAUUGCCAGAGCAAGCCCACUUCAGAUGCAUGUGGUGCUGAUUCUUCCCAGGCAGCAAUCACAGACCAAACUGAAGGCAGUUCCGCUGACUCGGAACCCAAAAAUGAGCUCAGUUUAAAGCUGUGGAAAUUGCGGGCUCAUCACAUUCAGAAAAUUCUCUCAAUACCUCAUGAAGAACAUUGCCCACUUUAUUCUUACUCGAGAUGUAAGAAGUUGGGCAUUGAUUUCAAUGUAGGGUCUGGAGUCAAACAAAAUCUUGAUCCCAAGUUACUGACCAAUGGCAUCAUGGUUGAAUUUAACGCUUUGUCCACAGCACUGAAAUCAGCCACAAAGCAUUUCAUCACAGAGAUACUGGAGUAUAAUUUCAAUCUCAAUUUCAAAAAUGAGCUGUAUCGUAGUGCAUUUGCAAAGCAAAUUAUGGAAAAAAUUACAAUAAUGAAAGGAACUUGCCGUGCUGGAUUGAAAAAACUGUGUUUUGAACUCCCUGAUAUGACCUGCAUUCGACCUCUUUUUGAGAAAACAGUGUACUGCCCAAAAUGCUACCAAGACCGACGUAACAAGCUUCUUGCGGAUGUAUCUGACCCUGCUCACAUGAAACAUGCUAGUCCACAUUUCAGGACAAACCUUCUUGUUGCUCCUGAUGCAAACUUCAUGGUCCAAAAGCCUGCAAUGGAUUUGUCCCCCACCCUCUCAAAAGCAGAGGAGGAAUUAAUAGACAGUUACUCUCGCUGCAAGGAAGUAGGUUUGAGUCUGUUUGUCAACAAAGACCAACCAAGAGAUAAGCUGGACACACACGUGUUGACACGAGGAAUGAUACUGGAAGUGGCCAACUUUGCCAGAAGACUGAGUGGCAUAAAAAAUACAAUCAUUCCUGCACUUGUUGAACACAACUUCAACAUUAGCAUGCCGGAGCGAGAUGCAGAGCUCGUAAGGAUGUUCAGCAAAGCAAAGGCUCUAAACGAUGGUGAGCUUGCCUGGUUCGACAAAGUUUUUGUCAUUCACCCAGUAUCUCACAGAGAACCUGGAUAUGUAGGCAAAAUGACACGAGAAUCUGCCAUGAAGGGAAGUGAAAGGAAAGAAACCAUCCGUAAAAGAAAGCUGGCACUACAAACAAAGGAAGAAACAGCCACACCUCCAAGUCCCAAUACAAGUGUUUUGAAAGCAAAGAGAUGUCAACGGGGCACAGUCAACCCUUAUCCUGUUUGCACAGAGAUAGGGUUGGAUCUAGACGUGACAUCAAAAUCAGGAGAGAAAGAAAAACUGGACUUGCAGCUAUUGACCAGAGGUGUAGCUGUGGAGAUACAUAAAUUUGUAACUCAAAAACGAGGAUGCUAUUAUCCAGGCGAGGUGUUUGACAUCCUUGACUAUAACUUUGAUCUGAGCUCACAACAUGACAGGCGCUGGGAAUUUUCCAUCACUACUGCAUCCAUAGUCCAAGCAAAUUACAAGCAAUAUCUCAAAAAACGAGAAAAGCUUGACAUGAUCUUCAAAUUGCCAUUUGUGUUUCCUCCCAAAUCUUCUAACAGUUCUGUGGAAAGGAAACCAAGAAGGUAUUCCAAGAAAGAAUCAGACAAGACACAGCAUGAAGAUAGUUGUGUACACCAAGUACAAUACCAUUCAGAUGUCAAUCACAUACAUUUCUUUGGUGAUGUCAGAACUGAAGAGGAACACUGGUACUAUGAAGAUGCCACAGGGACCCAUAUAGAUCCUUGGAAGAUGAAUGUGCAGAUGAAUCAGAGUCAGGCGAACACACAGAUGAAGGAGGAAAACAAUCCACAUCAUGGUUAUGUGAAACCAGAACUGGAUACUGACAAGACAUAUUAUUCGCACAAUGUUGAAGUCAAAAUGGAGUCAGACACAGGGGAUGUGCUGCGUUCAGUCCCAGGUGAGCCUGCAGGAUCGCUUGGAUAUACAGUAACAACUAUGUGUCCAGAAUCACAAAACAAGGGUCUUCACUAUUAUGUCCUGACUGAGCCACAAGGAUGUGAAGGACAUGCUAUGCUAGCUGUAUCUCCAAGCACUGGGAGUCACAUAAAAACAGUAUCAGUCCCGGCUGGUGUGAUGUAUGUAGUUCCAGUUGAAGCAGCAGCGUCCCAGGGAUACACCCUGAUGAACACAGGUCAAGGCCAAGCAAGUACAUCGAUUAAAGAAGAGCAUGAAAAUAUGCCCGUUGACUCCUACCAAUAUGAGGUUGUGUCAAACACCGAAGGAGAAGUGGGCAUUGAACAGAAAUGAGAUCCUAAAUUUAAAUUGCAGUUUGCAAGAAACAGGCUUGUUUCUUUAUUGUGUUAUACUUAAGAUAUUUUGGAUUGUUUAUUUUUAAGUCUUUGUUCUCUGUUUUUGUGUUUUUGUUAUGCUUUUCCAUUCAUUUUUCAUUAUCUUUCUGAGUUUAUUUGUUUCUAUUUUUUAUUUUCAAAGUGAAAAAAUUGCUUACUUGUUAAUUAUAAAGACAGUGGUCAUUUCCUAACUGUAAAUUACAGUUUGCAAGAGACAAGCGUGUUUCAUACUAAACUGAUGCUUUUAGCUGUCCAAGAACAGCUCAAAUCUGACAGCUUCCUUCCACAAGCUGUUUGAUUGCUGAACUGCUGAUGUGGAGUUUGUGCACUACUGCACUUCAUGAGCAUCAUAGUCAUAGUUUUAGAUUUAGUUCUAAUUUCUUUUAUAUUUAUAUAUUAUGUGUGUUCCCGGAGAAGCAUAAUUUCAUUUUUGUUGCACUGCUUUUGUUGGUACAGCUAAAUGACAAAAGCUUUGAUUGAUUACUUUCAUUACAUUUUGUGUUGGAAGAAAGGGUUUUUUUUGUAUUUUUUUUUUUAAUUUUUUUUUUCUUUUUAAAGCUGCAGGACUUUUUUCUUCAAAAAGCUUGCUUUGUACCCGAUGGAGGUGUGGGUUCAAAGCUCAAAAAGUGUCUUAAUGCAAAGGCCAGUCAGUAUUGUGCUUUGAGGGUCUAGGUGCCACAGUUGAAAAGUAUUUUAGCUUCUUUUAAUAUGUGUCUUUUUAUCCAGUGGUCUGCUUACAAGCCACUUGUCUGUUUUUCAUUUUGUAAGAAUUUGAGGACUUCUUGACUCUGAAACAUGCUUUUUAAUAUGUUAUUUUGCUAUACUUAUGUAAGGUAUUUUGGUUUGUUUAUUUUUAAGUCCUUGUUAUCUAUUCUUGUUUUUGUUAUGUUUUUCAAUUGCAUUUUUCAUUAAUUAUCUGAGUUUAUGUGUUUCUAUUUUUGCCUUUAUUUUCAAAGAGAAAAAAUUCUUACAUUGCUGACAUAAAAUGACGAUGAAAAUGUUUUGUAAAUUACAAAGACAGUGGUCAUUUAUUGUACAUAUGAUACAAAUCUGUAAAGAUGAAUGUGAUAUAAAGUUUUGAAAGCA